AUGGAAGAAAUAAAUGUACUCAGUUGGAACUCACAGAUUCGAGGAUAUUCACAGGCAGGUCAAAAUGAAGAAGCUUUGAAGCGGUUUCAGACAAUGAGAAGAGAAGGGGUGGCUCCUGAUGAGUAUACACUUCCAGCUUUACUCUCAGGAGCUGUGCAGGUAGAGACUCUUCCUGAAGAAUUCAGAUCAUUGCAUGCAUAUAUCAUCAAAGCUGGCUUGCAAACCAAUCGGUUUGUCGCAACUUCUCUGAUCACUAUGUACAUUGCAACGCAAUCAUUUGACGAUUCAAAAUUGGCAUUUUAUGAUGCUAAUUCUCGAGAUAUUGGUGUUUGGUCCGCCAUUAUAUCUGCAAGCACAAAGAUUACAGAAGGCGAAGUGUCUUUUGGAUUAUUUUACGGGAUAUUGGAUUUGGAGAUUAAGCCAAACCAGUUCAUCUUUUCAAGCCUAUUCAAAGUUUGUGGUAUUCUGUCAGUAAUGGAAAUGGGCAAACAAAUCCAUGCCUACAGCCUAAAAAGCAGAGAUUUUUCCGACCCCGCAACCCAAAAUUCUCUCAUAACCAUGUACUCGAUUGCGGAUGCAUCGAAGAAGCGGUUAAGCACUGGCUCAGACCAUCCAGAGAAAGCCAUUAAACAAUUCAAUAGAAUGGAAGUUCUUAACUUGAAGCCUGAUGCAAUCACUAUAUUGAACCUGCAAACAGCUUUCAAUCAUGCCGGUUUAAUCAAGAAAGGAUUACAUAUAUUCAGUUCAAUGGAGGACAAAUUCGGGAUCAAACCAAGACAUCCAUAUUCUGCUUGCGUUGCGGAUUUGUUGGCUCGAGCUGGAGAGAUAGAAGAAUCAAUAAAAUUCAUAGACCAAAUGCCUUUCAAACCAGAAACUUCUCUAUGGAGGAUGAUUCUAGGAGUAUGCAGUAAGCAUCAGAAGAUUGAAAUUGGAAAGCAGGUGGCACAAUUACUUCUAGAAUUAGAACCUCAUGAGGCCACUAAUCAUGUACUCCUGGCCAACAACUACUAA